AUGGCUGAAGCAAGAUCAAGUUUUAGUGGGUCAUCAUCUGAACAACAUGGUGCUGGCACAACUGACGAUGCUGAUGAUCUUGAACUUCAACAACGACUUGAAAAGAUCGACCGUGAGAUACUUCAAUUAACAUUUGAAAAUACUGUUUUCGAAAUGAAUUUGGAAAGAAAAAAAGCUGAACCAAUAACUGUUAGUACAAAUGUUGGUACUUCUCAAGCAACAACACCAGCUGGUUCAUCUCAAGAUUUGAGUGUUGCUGGUGGUACAAGUCGAAGUGAACGUUUAAAUCGCAAAAGAUCAAAAUCACGAAGCACUCAAGGUGAUUUUCGUAUACAAUUAACACUUGAACAAAAAAUUGAUAUUGUCAAUUCGGAACUUGAACAAAUGAAAAACGAAAAAAAUCGUCGAGAAACAACUAAUGAAAAAAAAACUGAUCAACUCGAAUCUGAUCUUGAAUGGGUUGAUACUGAAAUCAAUGAUUUUGAUUCAGCUGUAGCAGAUUUUAAAAAAACCAGAGAAACUUCAACGGAUGUACGUACAAAACAAUUAGUUGGUGAAAAAAUUGAACGUUAUUUUAAUGAACGUAUAAAAGCACGUGAAUCAUUAACAAAUAAAUUACGUGAUCGUUCAUCAGGUUUAAAACGACAAAUUAUACGUUUAGAAAUUCAAUUGAAACAAAAAGAAGAAACAGGAGAAACAUUACAUGAAGUUGAUUUUAAUCAAUUAAAAAUUGAAAAUAAACAAUUUUUAGAUAAAAUUGAUGAUAAAAAUAUUGAACUUAUUUUAUUAAAAAGACAAGUUGGUCGAGCAACACAAUUACUUAAUCGUUAUAAAGAUGAUUUACAUAGACAAAAUAAAGAAUUAGCUGAUACUUUACAACGUAUUGAAAAACAAAUUAAUUUAUAUGAUCAUGCUGAACAUGAUAUGGUUGGUGCACAUGCAGAACAUACACGUGUGACUGGAAUACAUUGUCAUCUUGCUGAACAAACAGAAAAUUAUCGAGUACCAGAAGUAUUAGAUUAUGUUAAAAAGAAAGCUUUACUCUAUAAUCUUCAACGUGAUUGUGAAGUUUGGGAAAGAAAAGUUGAAAUUGCGGCUAUGGCAUUACAACAAUCAAAACAACAAUGGCAAUCACUUCAACGUACUGCUCAAUAUCAAAAUAGUGCCGGUAAUUGGAAUAAUGAACAACUUCAAGCACGAUAG